AUGGUUUCCGCUCGCACCUGGAAGGAGUUGGGUGCCUUUGGUGGCCUUGUCGUUGCUAUGCAUAUCGCCUAUUACACGAUUCAGAACAAUCCAUCCUUAGUGGCACCAGAUCAGAGAUCAGAGUUGUUUUACGUAUGUUUUGAAGAGGUGAACUACAUACACUUCUAA